GUUCAAUAACACAGCUAACAGUACCGCGGCGAGCAUCGUACCGUUACCAUCUGCACUUCUUCGCGGCGACCAUUCCUGCCAUCUCUACCAUACAAAAUACUCGCCAUUUUUGGUCAAAAACCAUCAAUUUCAACGAACUUUUUAACGUAAAAUAUCUGUAUAAGUAACAUGCUUCAAAUGCAAAUUAUUACUUAAGUGUAUUCUAAAUUUGAAUUUCACGUCGCCAUUGGUGAAAAUUUUAACGGUUUUUUUUUUCAAGUGAAAUGCUGAAAACUUACUCAUUGGCAUAGAUUUUUUUAUGUAAAUUCGACACUAAUGGGGCAUUAGUUUAACGUUCAACAUGAAUAAUUUAAUAUUCGUCGUAAUUUUAAGUUGUGCGGCACCCGUGGUGUUGCCAGCGAAGUACAAUCUCCCGAAAUGGAAGAAACAGCCUCUAUAUCAGAAGAGUGCACAGGCGUGCGAGCUGCCGGCAGUGCAGAGUGAGCACAGCCACUACGUGUGCGACGACAAGGGAGAGCCCAAGUGUCACCCUGGUUGGCAGGGGGAUCUGUGCGACGUGCCCAUUUGUAAGAAGGGCUGCGACCCUUUGCAAGGGUACUGCAAACGGCCAGGCGAAUGUCGCUGCAAGCUAGGUUUCUAUGGUGAACGCUGCAACAAGUGCAUCCCCCUGCCAGGAUGCCAGCACGGAUACUGCAACGUAUCCUUUGAGUGUAUUUGCAGGGAUGGAUGGGACGGCAUAUUCUGUUCUGAACCCAUGUGCCGCUCGGACUGCCACGCCACGCGCGGCUUCUGCGAGUCGCCGGGCGAGUGCCGCUGCCGCCUGGGCUGGGCGGGCCCCACGUGCCGCGCCUGCCAGCCGCUGCCAGGCUGUCAGCAUGGCUACUGCGACAAGCCGCUCGAGUGCAAGUGCCUGCCCGGCUACACGGGGCUGCUGUGCCAGACGCCGAUUUGCGCACCGGGCUGCCACAGCGAGCGUGGCUACUGCCGGCGUCCGGGCGAGUGUCGCUGCAAGGUGGGCUGGACGGGCCGCUCGUGCGCCCAGUGCCACCCCUAUCCCGGCUGCGUGCACGGCACCUGCAACCGGCCCUGGGAGUGCAUCUGCAAGAAGGGGUGGGGAGGAAUGCUCUGCGACGAAGAGUUAAACUACUGCGAGAAGAACCCCGACACUUGCAAGAACGGUGGUCAGUGCCAAUCAUUAGAAUCAGGAGACGGUCACUACAGAUGCCACUGUCAAGCCGGCAUCAGCGGCAAACAUUGCGAGAACCUCCCCGAUAGCAUGAUCACUCCAGGAAACUCAACCGAGGAAGAUGUUCCGGAGUCAACAGAUCCAGUAGAAGUGGUUGAGCUUCCAGUUCCAGAAAAUCCAGAACAAGUUGAAGAAAUAGAAGGAACUACAGCCAAUAAUACAGCACUUACUACUGAACCGAGUAAUGAUGAAAAUGAGACUGAAUAAAUAAAUAAUAUCCAAAAUUACAUACUUUGUAUUAUAAAUGUGAAAGUGAUUUUGUUUGUUUGUUGUGCUUUUACGGCUAAACAACUAAGCCGAUUUUGAAAAUUCUGUCAUCAAUGGAAAGAUACAUUUUCAGCGAGUAAGAUGAAGAUGCUACUUGAGCAUCUCUAAAGUUCGAAUAUUGUCACUUACAAACUUUUUUACAAAAUAACCUUUAUUAGAAAGUAAAAUGUUAUUAGUCUUUAUAGUAUGUAAUUUUUGUGUAAGGAAUUAAGUUUCUAGAAAAUUAGUGAGAAGAAGGUGUCCUAUUUAUUUUGAAUUGUACAAAUCGUUAUUGAUUUGUUUUUCCAUUCCCCAUUUUGUAUUCCAUCAUAGUGAUCAAACAAGAUUCAGUCAUUCAGUUUCAUUUAAAUUUCAAGUGUUCAUACUCAUAAUUUUUCAUUAGCAUGAUGAUUUAUAUUAAGACAUUAAAACUUCAUUUCAUAUUAAUAAUUUUGUCAUUCUAUUCAUAAUUUUUCAUUAUCAUGAACAUGUAAACCAUCAUCACAACAUAAUUGUUAUUUCAUCUGCUCCAUUUAUGUUAAGCUGUCUACUAAAAUUAUAUCGUCUAAUAAAACGAUAUAAAUGAUAUAGCAAAUAAUAAUUUGCUAUAUCAUUUAUUAGAUUUUUGUAAUUGCGUGAGAAACCACACGUGUAGUAUAUUAGUAAAAAAUGUAGAUUAUGCUAUGUUGAAUUGUACAAAUCAUCCUAAAUUUGUUUUUUUAGUCCCCAUUGUAUUCGUUCAUCAUCAUCAUAUUUAUAGUCAUCAAACUACACAAACAUUCAGUUUCAUUUACACUUCUGUUAUCAUUCUUUUCAUAAAUUUUCAUAAUCUUUUAAUUACAAGUUUUAUCAUGUUAUCAUUCUAUUCAUAAAUUUUCAUAAUCAUUUAUUUUCACUCAUAAUUUUUCAUUGUCAUUUAAUCAUCGUUAUUAUGUAAAUAAUCAUAACGUUUGUCAUUGUUAAUUAAUUCGCGCCAUACAUAUUUUAAGGUGUGCACAUUAAAAUUCCACUGUUUCAUUCUUUGCUACAUUAUUAAUUAGUUUAAAAUUCAUUUUAUUUAUUUGUGUCAAUUAAGUAGUUUAAUAAAUAUUGAGUUUUAUUUCCAAGUGAGUUAAUAAAUAUGUUAAAUAAGAAGAAGAAAUAAAAAUUA